AUGCAGGGACACUGUCCUGGGGGUAUCUCUGUGGGGUUUGGGNCCCCCCUGGCCCCCCAGAUCGUCAUCGCCACGCCGGGCCGGCUCAUCGACGUGCUGGAGAACCGGUACCUGGUGCUGAGCCGCUGCACCUACGUGGUGCUGGACGAGGCCGACCGCAUGAUCGACAUGGGCUUCGAGCCCGACGUGCAGAAGAUCCUGGAGCACAUGCCCGUCACCAACCAGAAACCCGACACUGACGAGGCCGAGGACCCCGAGAAGAUGUUGGCCAACUUUGAGUCUGGGAAGCACAAGUACAGACAGACUGUCAUGUUCACGGCCACCAUGCCCCCGGCAGUGGAGCGCCUGGCCCGCAGUUACCUGCGGCGCCCGGCCGUGGUGUACAUCGGCUCGGCCGGCAAACCUCACGAGAGGGUGGAACAGAAGGUUUUCCUCAUGUCCGAGUCCGAGAAGAGGAAGAAGCUCUUGGCCAUCCUGGAACAGGGCUUCGACCCGCCCAUCAUCAUCUUCGUCAACCAGAAGAAGGGCUGCGAUGUGCUGGCCAAGUCCCUGGAGAAGAUGGGGUACAACGCCUGCACCCUGCACGGUGGGAAGGGCCAGGAGCAGCGAGAGUUCGCCCUUUCCAACCUCAAGGCCGGGGCCAAGGACAUCCUGGUGGCAACGGACGUGGCCGGACGUGGCAUCGACAUCCACGACGUCUCCAUGGUGGUCAACUACGACAUGGCCAAGAACAUCGAGGAUUACAUCCACCGCAUUGGGCGGACGGGCCGAGCAGGGAAGAGCGGUGUGGCCAUCACCUUCCUCACCAAGGAGGACUCCACGGUGUUCUACGACCUCAAGCAGGCGAUCCUGGAGAGCCCCGUGUCCUCGUGCCCCCCCGAGCUCGCCAACCACCCCGAUGCCCAGCACAAGCCGGGCACCAUCCUCACCAAGAAGCGGCGGGAGGAGACCAUCUUCGCCUGAGGCCCCUCUUUGUCACCCCUCCGGGGACAACAGGACCAGCAAGGCUGCCAGGACUGCUCUGGCUGUUCUUUUCCCAGCUGCUUGUGCAACCCAAGGACUGCCCACAGGCAGAGACUGGGGCUGGGAUUAUCCCAAAAUAUCCCCCCCUGUUCUCCUGGUCCCCCCUCCCCACUUUCCCUAUGGAGCGGAGGAGCUGCUGGAGGCUGUUUGGGGGCCGGUCCCUCCCUGCUGCCAGGGCGGGGCUGUUUUUUGGGCUGUCCUGGGAACUGUCUGCACCUCAUCCUUUGGGGUUUUGGGGUUUUUUUGUAGCUGAAGCUCCAGGCUGCAGGAAUAAACCGGCAGCGGCGUUACCGG